CCUUAUAAAAGUUUGGCAAAGUGGUUUUCUUUGCACAUAAUCUCUCCUCUCUCUCUCUCUCUCUCUCUCUUGUUUUUGUGUGUGUGUUUGUGUCUCUCUCUCUCUACCUCACCUAUCCUCUUCCUCUUCCUCCUACCUUUUUUUUUGCUCCAUGCUCUUGUCCUAGGUUCUCUAUUUCUACCAAAUAGGAGCUCUCAUUAUUUUUCUCCAUAAAUAUUCCAACUCAAAACAAAAAAAAAAAAAGAAAAAGAAAGAGAGAGAGAGAGAGAGAGAGAGAGAGAGAGUAGAGAGAAUUAGAAACCCCUCUCCCUUCUCCCUUUCUCCUCCAAGUGAAAGAGAGAGAGAGAGAGAGAGAGGAAAAGUUACCAAAAAGGAAGCAUCUUUUGCUUACCCCAUUUCCUCUCUCGGGCGUUUUAGCGAGCACCUCGUGGUCGCGGCGGGGAGCGGAGAUGAUGUGGGAUCUCAACGGCUCGCCCGACGACGCCAGCGACGUCGCCUUCUCGGAGGAGGAGACCUCCUCCCGCCGCACCUCCGCCGCCGCCGCCGCCGCCGCCGAGGACGAGGACGACGCCGCGGCGGCGGUGACCCGCCAGUUCUUCCCCCUCGAGGACCCCGGCGUCUCCGGCGCCGGCGCCGGCGGAGAGGCCCGGGGCGGCGGCGGAGGAGGCGGAGGCGGAGCCGCCGCCGCCGCCGCCGCCAAGAGGAGCCGCCGGGGCCCGCGCUCCCGGAGCUCCCAAUACCGCGGCGUCACCUUCUACCGCCGCACCGGGCGCUGGGAAUCCCACAUAUGGGAUUGCGGAAAACAGGUUUAUCUUGGUGGAUUCGACACCGCACACGCCGCAGCUCGGGCCUACGAUCGCGCGGCGAUCAAGUUCCGCGGCGUCGACGCCGAUAUCAACUUCGGCUUGGAUGAUUAUCAGGAGGAUAUGAAGCAGAUGAGCAACCUCACCAAGGAGGAGUUUGUUCAUGUACUCCGACGUCAGAGCACCGGAUUUCCGAGGGGGAGCUCCAAAUACAGAGGGGUUACUCUCCACAAAUGUGGUAGAUGGGAGGCUAGGAUGGGUCAAUUUUUGGGGAAAAAAUAUGUGUAUCUGGGGCUUUUCGACACUGAAAUAGAAGCCGCAAGGGCAUAUGACAAAGCCGCAAUCAAAUGCAACGGGAAAGAUGCAGUGACCAACUUCGAUCCCAGCAUUUACGCCGAUGAACUCGACUCCGCAGUCGACGACAGCAACGACCACAACCUCGACCUCUGUCUCGGAAGCGCGGGAUCGAAAAGGAGCAGCUCCGAUCAGCACGUCGCGACGGGAUUCGAGCCCGAGUCGCAGCCGAGCACGUUCGGCGACAGAUUCAAGCAACCGGAGCAAGAACACCUGCUGAUGAACUUCCACAUCAACCACAGUAGCUACAUUCGGCCCGAAUUUCGGCUCAUUCAUCCCCAGCAGUUCAAUCCAGCUUAUCACCAUCAGCAUCCGGCGAGAGGCCUCUCUUUGACGAUCGGCGGCGGCGGCGAGGGCGAGGGCAAGGGCGAGGGCAGGGGGAAUUGUCCGCAUCCGCCACCGCUGCCGCCGCCGCCAGGGGAGGCGGCCCCGUCGCCUCAAAUGUUCGCCGCCGCCACCGCCGCCGCCGCCGCCGCCGCAGCUGCAGCAUCAUCAGGAUUCCCAGCACAGAUAGUAAGACCAGGCCAGGCUUGGCUGCAGACAAAUGGUUUCCACUCUCUAACAAGACCCACACAUAGAUAAGGAAAAAAAGAAAACACCAAAAAUGUAUCUAAAUCCCCCCCUCAACUAUAGCUUAUUUUGAGAAAAGCCAUCUCAUGAGGGGCUUAAUUUAGAAUGGGGGGGCUCAAUGCAUUUUUCACCUUAAUAAAAGAGAGAGAGAGAGAGAGAGAGAGAGAGAGAGAAAAGGGGCCACAUUCUUUCCAUAACCUAAGAUAGGUGAUUCAUCUCUUUUGGUGAAUGUGAUUGUAAAUGAGGUAGUUCCCAUAAUAUGCCCUAAAAG